AUGGAAGAGGGUCUAGACAAGUCAGAGAGUCUUUCGGAUUGCUCUUGCUCCACCGUGUCUCUUUCCAACAGCAAUGAAGAUGCUUCCCCGGCACCGGUAGCAAAGCCCGCGCAGGUAGAGAGAGUCAGACGACUACCUGCGAGAUCUCUUAGCAUGCCGCGGGGCUUGCGGUGGAAUAGAGAUGAUGCCCCCCAGGUGGAAAAGACAGACGAGCAGCCCCAACCAAAGAAGGAAGGAAAGAUCAGGAGACCUCCCCCUAGAACAAACAGCAUGCCAAAGAGGACUCUUUGGAAAGAUAAGGGCGGGAAGGCCCGAUACGUCUCGAAUGAGGCGCCCCCAGAGCCAGAGGUGGAACCGGUUGGACUUGCAACUGCCGCCACAGAAGCUUUGACAGAUGCAGUCAUUGCGGGCGGCGCUGCGGGACUUGCUGUUUUUGAUGCUGUGACGGCCACGAAGAGGCGCUUUGAUCGUCAGCUAAGCCAGAAACGUUUGAAUGUACAGGAGGAUUCGAACGAGCAGGAAGAUGCAGUGGCUGAAUCCGGAGGCCGGUUCGCACAGGGUCGACGGGGACUCUUGCGUCGCGCCAAGAGCUUGAGCGCUGUUCGAGGCGCUGGAAGACCAAUCAUGCCUGAACGUCAAAGCAGCCCAGACCGCUGCUCUGGUAUUGCAACGACCGCAGCAUAA